UCGCCUUGUACUGUAACCCACUCGAAUUUUAACCAGUUGCUUUAAAAAUUAUAAAAUGUUAAACCCUCGAUUGAUUACCCAGUUGUCCAGAGAGCCCCUAAGGGCCUUCCAGUUUGGACGCGGUGGCUGCCGACGAGGUCUCAAGGUCGCCGUUGUGGGUGCGGGGGGUGGCAUUGGACAGCCGCUGUCCCUUCUGCUCAAGCAAAAUCCCCACAUCUCCACUCUCUCCCUGCACGACUUGAAGAAUACUCCCGGAGUGGCGGCGGAUCUGUCGCACAUCAACACCCGGGCCACGGUCUGCGCAUUCGAGGGCAAGGAUGGCUUGAAAAAGGCAUUGGAUAAGGCGGAUAUAGUGGUGGUUCCGGCCGGAAUGCCCCGUAAACCCGGAAUGAAGCGGGAAGAUUUGGUGGGCGUUAAUGCCAGCGUGGCCUGUGAAGUGGCCUUUGCGGCCAGCGAUGCCUGUCCCGGCGCCCUGUUGGCCUUCAUCACGAAUCCCAUCAAUGUAAUAGUUCCAAUUGUGGCCACGAUCCUCAAGGCAAAGGGAACCUACGAUCCGAAUCGACUCUUUGGCGUUACGAGCCUGGAUGUGGUGCGGGCCAAGGCCUUCGUUGGCGAUUUACUCAAUGUCGACCCACAAACUGUGGAUGUGCCCGUCAUUGGUGGCCACACUGGUCGCACCAUCCUGCCGAUCCUGUCGCAGUGCGAUCCUCCCUACAAGGGCACCGAUGAGGAGCGAGAGGCUCUGAUCCAUCGCAUCCAGGAGGCGGGCACAGAGGUGGUCAAGGCCAAAGAUGGACUGGGAUCAGCCACCCUAUCGAUGGCCUACGCCGCCUCCAGCUUCGUGAACUCCCUGAUCAAGGGAAUCAAGGGAUCAGAUGGUGACGAGUGCAUUGUGGAGUGUGCCUAUGUGGAGUCCGAUGUCACCGAGGCCAAGUUCUUCGCCACCCCACUGAUCCUGGGGCCACAGGGCAUCAAGGACAAUAUAGGACUGCCCGAACUGGAUGAUGUGGAGAAGCAGGCCCUGGAUUGUAUGCUGCCGAUCUUGAAGGAGAGCAUCGCAAAGGGUAUCAAGUUGGGCGAGGAUAUGGUCGACCAUUGUUAAUAUCAAUUAAAAUA